CCACCCCCAUUCCUCCUCUUCCUGCUGCUGCUGUUGCUUCUGCCUCUGGGCUCCUCCUCCUGACUUGCAGCCAUGGCCACUUUCUUCGGGGAGGUGGUGGCUCUCCCUUCCCGCGCAGGGCUGGAGGAGGAAGAGGAGGAGGAAGCGCAGGAGGACUGCCACAUUCGCCUGGCCCUGGAGGGGAAAAGAAAGGUUGACGUUGUCUGGAAUACAACAUUAAAUGCUUCUACAGAAGAGCAGUUUCCUUGCUCAAAGUUCAUCUUGGCUGUGGGUCAGAAUGCAGUAGCGUUCUUGUCUUCCUUUGUUUUGAGUUCGGGAUGCUGGGAGGUAGUUGGAUCUGUGAAAUUAUGGAAUGAGUGGUCAAGAACAUCAGACAGAACCAAUGUCCUUCCAACAGAUUCAUUCUGUUUAUUUUAUCGCUUGAUUUCAGAUCCUACUAUUUUAUUGUGCCAGUGCAAUUGUUAUGUGGCUGAAGACCAACAGUUUCAGUGGCUUGAAAAGGAGGGACGGGACAGGGACAGGACAAUGACAUCCCAUCCCCUGUAUGAUCAUCUCCAGUGCCUCCAGGUUUUUGGAUGCAUGCAGAAGAUUGAUUUACAAGUACUGGUUCUCUCAUCAUGUUCCAUUACAGAUUAUAAAACAACAGAAUCAAUUUUAACACUUCCUUCUCCUUUUCUGAAAGCAGUAAAGACAACAGCGUUCAAAGAUCAAGUCUGUUGUUCACUUCUAGAGCAGCCAAAUAUUGUACGGGAUCUCCCUGCUGCAGUUCUCAGUUACUGUCAAGUGUGGCAAAUCCCUGCAGUGUUUUAUCAGUGUUACACUGAUAUCCUCAAACUGGAUUUGGUAACAGUUGAAGUUUUCCAGCCUGUCCUGUCUUCCAAAAUUCUAAAGAGUUUGGUUAAGGAUAUUUCAAGAAGCACAGAACUACUGACAAAAUUGGUGACAACGAAUGAGAUUCAUAACAUCUACACUUAAAAUGGACAUUGUCUCUGAAGUCCCUGAUAACUUUCAAGUCUGAAUAACUAACUGUCUUUGGAAACUACAGUUACUUUGCUUGGAAGCAUUUGGAACUUGUGUUUGUGGAACACAUGAUCUUUGUACCAUAUGUUGACUGUUGUGUAGAUGCAUUUUAUUCAUUAACGUUUAUUAAAAUGUUCCUUUUUAAUUUUU